AUAAACCUAUUUACCUCCUUUACCCUACUCACAUUACUAAUCUUAAUUAUCCCAGUCAUCACACCCAGCACAAACAUCCACAAAAGCAACAAGUACCAAACCUAUGUAAAAAACACCGUCUCCUGCGCCUUCCUCACCAGCCUGGUCCCAAUAACAAUAUAUCUUCAUACAAACCAAGAAGUACUUAUCUCAAAUUGACACUGAAUCACCAUUCAAACCCUCAAACUGACACUCAGCUUCAAAAUAGACUACUUCUCACUCAUAUUUAUGCCCGUAGCACUAUUUAUCACGUGGUCUAUCAUAGAAUUCUCAAUGUGAUAUAUACACUCCGACCCGCACAUCAACCUAUUCUUUAAAUACUUACUCCUCUUCCUCAUCACCAUACUAAUCCUCGUCACCGCCAACAAUCUCUUCCAACUCCUCAUCGGCUGGGAAGGGGUAGGAAUUAUAUCUUUCCUACUCAUCGGCUGAUGGUUCGGACGAACAAACGCAAACACAGCCGCUCUCCAAGCAAUCCUAUACAACCGCAUCGGAGACAUUGGAUUUCUCACAUCAAUAGCAUGAUUCCUCUCAAACAUGAAUACAUGGGACCUACAACAAAUCUUCGCGCUUAACCAAAAUACCCCAAACCUUCCCCUCAUAGGACUAAUAUUAGCCGCAGCUGGAAAAUCAGCUCAAUUUGGACUACACCCCUGACUCCCCUCUGCAAUAGAGGGCCCCACUCCUGUCUCAGCCCUACUUCACUCGAGCACAAUAGUUGUAGCAGGAAUCUUCCUACUUAUCCGCUUCCACCCUCUAAUAGAAAACAACAAACUCGCCCAAACAACAGCCCUAUCUCUAGGCGCUCUUACCACCCUAUUUACAGCCAUCUGCGCCCUCACCCAGAAUGAUAUUAAAAAAAUCAUCGCCUUCUCCACCUCCAGCCAACUAGGAUUGAUGAUAGUAACAGUCGGCCUCAACCAACCUUAUCUAGCAUUCCUACACAUCUGCACACACGCCUUCUUCAAAGCUAUACUAUUCCUAUGCUCCGGCUCCAUCAUCCACAACCUAAACAAUGAACAAGACAUUCGAAAGAUAGGAGGACUAUUCAAAGCCCUCCCUUUCACCACCACAGCCCUCAUCACUGGUUGCCUCGCAUUAACCGGAAUACCAUUCCUCACCGGAUUUUACUCCAAAGACCCAAUCAUUGAAGCCGCCACUUCAUCUUAUACCAACGCCUGAGCCCUACUAUUAACACUAACAGCCACCUCCCUCACAGCCGUUUACAGCACCCGCAUCAUCUUCUACACGCUACUAAACCAACCCCGAUUCCCUCCCCACAUUACCAUCAACGAAAACAACCCCUCACUAAUCAACCCCAUCAUACGAUUAAUACUCGGAAGCAUCUUCGCCGGCUUCAUCCUAUCCAACAACAUCCCCCCCAUAACCACCCCCCUAACAACCAUUCCCCUAUACCUAAAACUAACCGCCCUUACAAUAACAACCCUAGGCUUCAUUAUCGCAUUUGAAAUUAAUCUCAAUACACAAAACCUAAAAUACAACCUCCCUUCAAACCCCACCAAAUUCUCCCUCUCACUAGGAUAUUUCCCCACAAUCAUACACCGCCUACCCCCUGACCUAUAUCUAACAAUAAGCCAAAAACUAGCUACCUCCUCACUAGACAUGACAUGACUAGAAAACAUCUUACCAAAAACCACAGCCCUCAUCCAACUAAAAGCCUCUAUACUAACCUCAAACCAACAAGGCCUCAUUAAACUAUAUUUCCUGUCUUUCCUCAUCACCAUUACCCUCUUUACACUCCUACUUAACUGCCCCGGGUAA